AUGGGGACUGGACUCCCCCUGGCUUUUCAACAUUAUUUGAGCAUCCAUUCUUUUGAUAGCCGCACGAAUACUAUUGCCGUUCAGCGUGCAGACCUCCCUAAUCGGCAUAUGUCGCCCGCCAGCACACCCGUUCAGAAUCAGGAGCCACAAGUGAACAUCUUGAGCCGAUCUGCCACUAGUCAAAUCGUAAACUUAAUCUUCCAUUUCCAAUCGAAUUGCAGUCCUUUCGAUGUCAUCAGAUUACAGCCGAAUGGUAAGCGCCGGACUGCAGCCAUCUUGUCGUUUUCUUCCCACUCGAGCAAAGCUAUCGAAUGGGCUAGUGGCAAGGCGAUCCUCUCGAAAAAGAAAAUAUCACAAGUCGACAGUCAUCAGGAACCGAGCGGACGAAGCCUUUACAACAGGUUGUACGCAAAAUUCAAGGCUGUAUCUUGCAGUGGCCCAUCAUGCACCAAGUCCCCGCUUGAAGAACCCGAACCCAGUCAAUUUAUCAUCAAGAGGAAUCAAUCCUCCACCUCGCGUGGCUCCGUCAAAUCACCUAGCCAUCUCGGGCUCGAACGGGGAAAAACUAGGAAACCUAUAGUUAUGAAAUUAUACGAUAGUCAAAUUAUCUACGUAGCCGAGUCUUGCGUCCAUUGUAAUCACAAAUGCGAGAAUAAGCCGGAUCCGGUCCAUGCGCACGAUGAUCCCCAGCUAUAUGGCUUGCGAGUUCUCACCGCACAACAAUCGGUUCAAAAUUCCGAUCAACUAUCGCCGCCAGUUGCAGGCAGUAAUGCUUCUCAAUUCCCUCCUCCCAUACCGUGGCAGACUCGCCCGAUACCCACCAGGCCCUUUAGACCAAGCGGCGAAUAUGACGAAGAGAUAGUGAAAUUGAACGUCUCGAAUCGACUGCCUCCUCUUCCAUGUAGUCCGACAAAUAAGCGUUUUAGUUUCCCUGUCUCAGAUCACCCCACCAAGGAUAUCGGAACAAUCACAUCUUUCUCCAACAAUCUUCAAGCUCAAGAAUACCGCAAAAGCGAUGGUUAUGCGAGCCCCAAAAUCAGACUCUACUCCACGUUCUCAGAGCCUACCGCAACCGCGAGUCCAUCACUAUCAACCUCACAAAGAUCCGAGCAUAUUCUUGGGAGUAAUGAUUAUAGUCUUCCAACUGGCGAGAGGUACAUCUUUUCUUCUUCGAAACUCGAUCGGCAAGACCGUUUGAAUCUUUCUGGCACCAAAAAGAAUAGGGUGAUCUCUUUCCCCAGUCCGACUUCGGGAAAAAAUUCAGCACAAACUCGAGCCAAGCUUGAAUUUCGUCCCACCCGUCAAGUUCAAUCCUGGAAUUCCUUACUCUACACAGCCGCUAAAAGAAGAGAAAGUGCUAUCAUGUAA